AGUGCACACUUGGUGUUGCAUGACUUGGUAAUUAUCCUAGACAGGUUGUGGUUAAAAAAAUAAGUAAAUUAUUGGUUUUGUAAGUCAGCUGUAGACGUGUGUUAACCACAUGCAUCACAAACUGCUGUGCUGACAUUUGAUGAUUUUUACUUGAUGUAAACUAGUGAGCAUUGCUAUGAUGCAUCAGCAAAAUAUAGUAAUAGUCUCUAUUGUGCAUACGUUUAAUUAACCUGCCUUAGGCUACUGGUACAACAUAAAACAGACCACUUUUAGUAUAUCGUUUAAUGACAUUCAUAGAAUUAAUGCUCCAAAAGUCAGAAUUAGCUCAUUUAUUUUCUUUUUUGUUCAGUAUGUUAACUAUUAGUUGAAGCUGUUGCAUGCUGGAUUGGAGCAACAAAUCUCCAGAUGUAGCAGUGCAAAACCGUGGCACCAUGCCUUUGGAUUACUGUUCACAGAGCUCUAAAUACGGGUAUGUUGUGUACAGUAAAAUGGUAAGCCAAAAGAAUAGGGAGGGUGGACUAUCUCUCAGUGAUAGUCAUUGGUAGACUGACGAUACACUGAGGACAGCUAUGCUGAGGGGAUUAGUGCAGGGCUGGACUCAGUACAAUCUCUUCAGUUUAAUGGAUAAACACAACCUCCACUGCCAUGUUUCAUCAGUCUAAUGAACAUUCACGUUUGCUACUCUAAACAUAUCUUUAACUGUUCUUAGGUUUGAGACACUCUUAAUAGUUUAUUGAUAUUAUUAAAGACACAUUUCAAGCACAGUUUAAAGACAAAGCAACAGAUGUGUUUUCAGCAUUCUAAUAUUAGGAGGAGGUAGUGGGGAGGGGGAUUAAACGACAACGCUGCUCUAGUGAUUUGCCAGUGCUUUAGCCCCGAUGGAAAGAGCUGAGGCAAAGCCAGUCAUAGUUUGUAGAAUAGGGGAGGAAUGACGGUCGCAUGAAGGUUCCAACGGGCCAAAAGGGAAGAAACGAGAGACACACCUCCAAGUAAACGUUCCAACGGGAACAUAUCAACAGCCAACAUGAGGCUCACCAGCACCAGGUUGCGGGCCAGAAGGGCUGUGGAGCCCUCUGAACCAGAAUCGGAGGAAGCAAAAGAACCGGUUCAUCAUGAGCACUCCCAUUCAGAACACCACGAGCAUGAACACGAGCACGGGCAUGAACACGAGCACGAGCAUGAGCACGAGCACGAGCACCAUUACAUAGAUCAUCACCCCAGCCAUGACUACAAUCACAUCAAGGACAAGUUCAUGAAUGAACUUAACCAUCUCUCAAUUCCCAUGUGGGCAGUAGGAGCCAUUGUAGUGGUUGUCCUUGUUUUGGUGGCAUGUUUCAUCUUCUGUGUUUUCAAAAAAUGUUUCGCAAAAAAGAAAAAGCCCAAAAAAGUGAGAGAAAGAAAAGCAGGUCGCCGAAGAAUGGCAAAGGAAGGUGAAGGAGAGACUGGAGAGAAGGAGGGGGAGGUUAAGAAGCAAGGGGUGGAAGAGGAGAAGGAGCAGGAAAAGCUGGGUAGGCUGGAAUAUUCUCUGGAUUACAACUUCACAGAAUCCCAGCUCAUAGUGGGCAUCCUUCAAGCUCAGGACCUCGCUGCUAUGGACAUGGGAGGAACCUCAGACCCCUAUGUCAAAGUCUUUUUGUUGCCAGACAAAAAAAAGAAAUAUGAGACCAAGGUUCAACGCAAAAAUCUUUGCCCUGUAUUCAACGAGACCUUCAUCUUCAAGAUUCCAUAUGCAGAGUUGGGUGGAAAGACUUUGGUGCUGGAAGUUUUUGAUUUUGAUCGUUUCUCCAAGCAUGAUAUAAUUGGUGAGAUAAGAAUUCCCAUGAACAGUGUGGAUCUGGGCCAGCCAAUGCAACAGUGGAGAGACCUAGAGAGUGGGGAGAAGGAAGAGCAGGAAAAACUUGGAGAUGUUUGCAUUUCUUUACGAUAUGUUCCUACUGCUGGCAAACUGACAGUGAACAUCAUGGAGGCAAAGAAUUUGAAGAAAAUGGACGUUGGUGGCUUAUCAGAUCCAUAUGUGAAGAUUGUUCUUCAGCAAAAUGGGAAACGGAUCAAGAAGAAAAAGACAACGGUGAAGAAAAACACUCUAAAUCCCUACUUUAAUGAGAGCUUUAGCUUUGACGUCCCAUUUGAGCAGAUACAGAAAGUGCAGGUGGUCAUCACAGUGUUUGAUUAUGAUAAACUUGGGAGCAAUGACCCCAUUGGAAAGACCUUCAUGGGUUAUGGAGCUACAGGAGUCGGGCUGCGCCACUGGUCAGACAUGCUGGCCAAUCCUAGACGUCCAGUAGCCCAGUGGCACACCUUGAUGCCAGAAGAAGAGGUUGAUGCAGCGCUGAAAGCGAAACCUCGUUAAAGCCACACCUGUCAUUCAUCCAUUACAGAUCCUAUUGUUGAUAUCUUGUGCUAACCCUGGUGUUUUUAUGUGCAUGUUUUUUCUAUACAUUAUGUUUCUUUUGAGCUAGGGAACUUGUGUAUGUGCACAGGUGUAUUUUAUUAAGAUGUUUUUGAUUAUGCAGUUGCUAUUUAAGCCUCUGCCCACUAUAUGUACCUUUUAGACCUGUAAACCAGUGUGAUUUUGUGCAAGUAAACACGUAAAACACCAGAAUGUACAGUAUAUGUGUGUUUUUCGUGUAUGUAUAACAAAUGAAAAAAAUCAAGAUUACUCUGUUCUUCUGUUAGUUGUCUGUGAAUAUAUAAUAGAGUUUCAUUUUCUAUAUGAUGUACUGGGCCACUCUUCACAUUUUAUUGUCCUACAAAUUAUGGUUUGUAACAUUUUUCAAAUGCAAAUAAAGCUUCAACACUC